AUGGUCAAAGGUGACCCUCACACGCCUGCUGCUGUAGGGGUCAACUUCCUGUUUGCCAGCUCCACACCAGGUCGCCACGAACCUCAUUGGAAUCAUUCUUCCAUUUCAGAUGCUCUUCCUGCCUCUGAGCUGCCACUAGAGGGCGACAGAGACUGGCAGUCAAGGUGCAGGAGGUGGCGGACGCGCGCGCUCGUGGAUGUACUUACCUACUUGCUUGUCUUUGCGUGGAAUGCACGCGUGCCUCUUCUGCGGCUGCGGCUGCUGCUGCUCGACUGCUGCUGCGUGAGUCCACCGAGGAUGGGAGGAGGAAGCCUCGUCCUGGUGCUGGCGCUUCACUUUGUGUGGCUGCUGCACUCGGUGCUGGUAAGCUCCGCCCACUGCGACGCAGUCUUCAAAGGGUUCUCGGACUGUCUGCUGCAACUGGGAGACAACAUGGCCAACUACCCUCAAGACCUGGACGAGCAGCAGAACCUGCACAGGAUCUGCACCUACUGGGACGACUUCCACUCCUGUGCCAGCACAGCAUUGGCCGACUGUCAGGAGGGCGCCACCGACCUUUGGGAGAAACUCAAGAAGGAAUCUCGUAAUUUGGAUUUUCGCGGGAGUUUGUUUGAACUGUGCGGCGGGGGCAACAGCGCCCCCAGGUGGGGGGCGACCGGGGGCCUGGGGGCAUUACUGGCGGCGCUGCCCAGCCUGCUGACGUGGUUGGCCCUUUAAGACUAACAAAAACAACACUCUGGAAAAGAAGGACAAAAAAGAAAAACAAAAUCAAUAAAAACUGCAAAGUAGAACAAGAUGGAUUCACUUUGCCCUCAAGUUUGCCUUCCUGGCGCAUCGGUCAAUCGCCACAUCAGGACAAUCCACUACAACACUUUGAGGAAUUCCAAAAGUAUUCCAGGCAAACAGGAACGUUUGCUCAUGGAGGUCUCUGUGAUAAUGGCGGGUAACCGCUGGCACCAGUGCAGAUCGAGUGGAACAUUGGGGUCCAUUCAAAGACACCGUGCUGAACGCGACCAUCCGUAUGGCGCUAAAAGAAAAAGAAAACAAGCAAGCAAGCCGCAUCACACCAGAUUUUGCUUUUUGCACCAAAUUGUGGACCCCUGCAACAUGACUUGCAAGGCUCAGUAUUUGACUUUUAGCAGCUAGCUUGCAAACUUGCAAGCUGAUUUUUUUGUUUGUUUGUGGUGGCAGAAAGGAAGUGAGCGUUCAGCCUGUGGAUGGAUGUCGACCUGCAUGAUGUCGCUUCUUAACACUUUUCAGGAAAUGAGCACAAACGCCAAAGUGUUAGCUAAUGCUAACUUGCUAACUAGCAGUGCAAAUCUACCAGGUGAAGCAUAGCAAUCCAGCCCGCUGCUAACAUAAGCUGUGCUUAUGCUCACAUUCAGAUGAGUCAGUGUAUAAAUACAAAAUGUUAGCUUACACUAAAUGAUAACGCUAUCAUUUUAGCAGCUAACAGUGGUGAGCUGUGCCUAAAUGUUGACAUUAGCAGCUUGGACAAGGGUUAGCAUGUUAAGACAUCAAACAUCAGCCCACCGAAAGAGUUUAUCUAGCAAGACGUUGUUGUGAAAUCUCUUUUAGAGUAUCUGCUUUCAGGGUUAGGUCAUGCGUGGCACAGAUGCUGAGGUUUUUUUGUUUUUCUACAACGUUGUGCUCCUUUCCUGAAACCCUUGAGAAGUUUUCUUUGGAUGUAAGUAGUAACAUUAGCGUUAGCGUUGUGUUGUAAACGCAGCAAAAAAAAAAAAAAACACAGAGCAAUACAACGACGUCAAGGCCAGUGUAGUAGCUCCAAAAAACGCCAAUAAGAUUCCAUCAAUCAAUCCAUAAUAAAUAGUGACAAGACUGUUGUGUUGGACUAAAAGACGUCAUUGAUGAAUAAUAAUAAUAAUAACUUCUAUGUCUUUGUUUGUUUGCUCGCAACUUUACCGAUCAUUCCACAAAUUAUUCUGAAGAAUUUAUGUACAUUUAAUAAGAGAAAAAAGGUCUAUUAUAGAAACUUUUAACACUCCAUUGAUACAGAUGAUAGAACUAUAUAUAAAAGAUUGACAACAUGAUUUAGUGCUAAAUAAAAGAAUUUCAUGUUUGAAAGGAAGUGUGUAACAUCAGUGUUUUUUUCAUGUCUCUCUCUCUCUCUCUCUCUCUCUCUCUCUCACACACACACACACACACACACACACACACUUGCAUUCAUUAUUAAUGAGGGAGAGUCCCUGAGCUGCUACUGCUGCUGCACACUCACUUGGUAUUGAUGGAAAGAUGAUGAUGGUGAAGGAGAGGGACUCAGCUGCUCAAACAUCAAACAGAAAUUACUUUGUGUGUGUAUAUGUGUGUAUAUAUAUGUGUAUAUAUAUAUAUAUAUAUAGCACAAGUGGUCAAAUA